AGGUUCGAGAGCGCUUGCUCUUUGAAGACAUGGACCGUGCCAGUUGGUUCAGUGCCGCGGGGGUCAGUGGCCUCGAGGUUCAGCGAUUGCUUGAGCGUCAUCAAGAAAUGCAUCAGCGCGCUGGGCGCUUGGCUCGGCAGCUGAAGUUGCUGAGUCGAGGGCUGCAGCAGCAGGGCGCUCUUUCUUCUAGGAGACGUGCUUUUCAGGCCAAGACCGUGGGAGAGAAACUACAGUCCUCCUUGGUCUGCCUGGCAGCUGUUGCAGUGGCCCCGGUCCCCGGCAGCAGCGAGAUGUGGUUGGCCACAACAACCAUGAUGUGGUUGGACAAAGAUCAAGCCUGGCAGCAUGUGGUGUACGAGCACCCGCGCGAUGCUGAUACAGACACAAUCCUGGACCAAUUCCAAUGCCGCUCCAGCAAGGCAGAGGGAGAUGUCUAG